AGAACUUGGAGGUGAACGGAACCGUUGUGCGGCUGAAGAACUCGUUGUGUGUCUCCCAGCACCAGGAUGGUUUCCUUCAUCCUCUGCCUUCUCCCUGCUCUCCUAGCUACGAGUGCACAAGCGGUGAUGGUGACGUGCAAAACGUGCCCUGCUUCAGCGAACUCCUGCCCAACUGGUACAGAGACCUGCAAAAUAGACACGGCUAAUGGUGGCUGCUAUAUGGUGGCAGAGGUCAAUACACUGGAAGGGACACAGACCAAGGCCUAUGGCAGAGGCUGUUUAAAUGACAAGAAUUACCACAAAGAUGUCCGCAUCUCUUUCACUGUUGGGAAGGGCAAGUAUCUGAGGCUCAGCUCCGAAAUAUGUGGCACAGAUAACUGUAACUCGGGCACAGAAGUGCCCACGGGGAGCACCACCGAGAACGGGCUGCAGUGCCCAACCUGCUUGUCUCUGAGCUCCGAAACCUGCGAAAGCCCAAUGAUCCCUUGUACAGGGGAUGAGAACUAUUGCGUCGAUUUCACUGGGACUGUAACCAAAGGUUCAUCUUCAGAUAAAUCACCAUUUGUUGCAAAAGGCUGCUCUAUUGCGUUUAAAGAAAGUAUUAAAGAUGGGGGCACCCUGCAUACUUCAGUCUACAUAUUCACAAUCACAAAGGCGGCCUUCAAACCUGCAGAGAAAAUAACCAACGAUGGAGCCAGCCUGGCUCUGGGGAAAUUCUCCUUUGCCCUCUACCUGCCUGGCCUGACUGCACUGCUGCUGCUGAAGCUGCUCUCCUGACCCCGCCCGGCAUGGCCUACGCAGCACCUGAUUCCUGCCCAUUGCAGCCUGAGCUACGAAUCCUACAUUAAAUUCUAUUGAUUGCUUACGAAGUCCCAGUGAUCACUGGGAGGUCUGACAGGUUCUGGGCCCUAGAUCCGUCCCAGUGUUACUAAAAUUGCUGUUCAGUUGGGGACCCCGAGGGGGCCGGUCGCAGCCCUCGCACUGGAGGAACCUUCUGUGUUUGUAAUCAUUGAUCAACACAUUUAGCAGAGUCCCAAACGCUCCAGCCCAGCGCAAUGGACAGCGGUAAUACAGAAUGUCCAUCUGAACCGCCCCAUACUCGCACUGCCCCUUGCAGAACAACUGGAAAUGUUAGUCAUUGUCUUCCUCAUCACCAUCACCUUCCUCAUCAUUACCAAUGGCCAUGAUCCGGGCCCCCCCAAACGCUACAUCUCGCUCGCCUCCUGCCCACAGGCUGUGGUGCAACUUUUAUAAUAUGUUACGCUGAUGCCACUGUGCCUAAUGCCUAUUCAGUAGGGGCUUCUCCCCUCCUCCUUAUCUGUAUCUCCUCACCCUACUUAUGGGAUGUUAGGAUGUUACUGAUCUCAACUUAUUAUCAGACAUGUCAAUUCCUUGCCAUGGCCGGCUUGUGGUCAGACAUCUGCAGACAUUCCCAUCCUACAGUGUCCCAAAGCUCACGUCCCUGUGGCUGACUGGUGUCGUUAUGGACAAACCGCCCGUUUAAACACUCUGGUCCCAGUCCCCCAAAACUUAGGGGCGAUCAUUGGGCCAUAUUUCUGUGCCAGAGUUCAUAGGCCCCAAGCCUUAUCCUAACCGCUGCACUAAGCAUCUUAUGGGUGACAGGCCUGGGGGUUCCUUGCGUUACAGCUGAAUGAAAUGGCUCGAUGGGCGACAGAAUAAAGGCCCGAAUUCUCAGCUGCACCCCCUCCGCACUGCCGGGGCGAUGCAAAGGGGCCACUGCAUA